GGGUUGUCGAGCUCACACAGUCAUGAGAAAUUCUCCGCAAACAACGCAAAUUUGUUUUAGAUACGCGCUCCCACGCGAUCGUGCUCACUAUUGGCGCUUUUGAUUGGUCGUCUACAUAUAGUGUUUAAAAGCACUUUUCCUCGGACUGCACUCUUUAUUCGCACUGGAUUGAUUUGUAGUCUAACUGAAAAUGGUUUGCAUGUUCAUUCUGAUGUGUCUUCUGGUUGGUGGGAGAGCGUGUUUUUUAGUCAGUGAAGAUGUAGAGAAUCUAAAUCAGUUAGAGGGACGAUCUGUUACUCUAAAAACUGGUCUCAAUGAACUACAGACAGAUCAGGAGAUACUGUGGAAGUUUAAUAAUGAAAGUACAAUCUUAGCAAAGAUCAACAGAGAAACAAAUGAGACGUCAAUACCUGGAAAUGCUGAUGAGAGAUUCAGAGACAGACUGAAGCUGAACGAUACGACGGGAGAUCUCAUCAUCACACACAGCAAGAUCCCAGACUCUGGAAAUUAUAGGAUGAAGAUCAGAGACAGCACAGAGACAAGACACAAGAGAUUCAGAGUUAUUGUCAGUGAGAUUAAUGUUCCAGAGGAGUUUCUGGUGGUGACGGAGGGACGAUCUGUUACUCUAAAAACUGGUCUCAAUGAACUACAGACAGAUCAGGAGAUACUGUGGAAGUUUAAUAAUGAAAUCUUAGCAAUGAUCAACAGAGAAACAAAUGAGACGUCAAUACCUGGAAAUGCUGAUGAGAGAUUCAGAGACAGACUGAAGCUGAACGAUAAGACUGGAGAUCUCAUCAUCACACACAGCAAGACCUCAGACUCUGGAGAUAUUAAGAUGGAGAUCAGAGACAGCGCAGAGACCAGACACAGGAGAUUCAGUGUUAUUGUCAAUGAGAUUGAUGUUCCAGAGGAGUUUCUGGUGGUGAAGGAGGGACGAUCUGUUACUUUACAAACUGGUCUCAAUGAACUACAGACAGAUCAUGUGAUACUGUGGAUGUUAAAUAGUGAAAGUAAAAUCUUAGCAAAGAUCAACAGAGAAACAAAUGAGACGUCAAUACCUGGAAAUGCUGAUGAGAUAUUCAGAGACAGACUGAAGCUGAACGAUACGACGGGAGAUCUCACCAUCACACACAGCAAGACCUCAGACUAUGGAAAUUAUAAAAAGGAGAUCAGAGACAGCACAGAGACAAGACACAGGAGAUUCAGUGUUCUUGUUUAUAUUGAGUAACUCAAGUCUGAAUUUAAUGUCUGUUGAGAAUUAUAUGUUCUGAUAUAAUCACAAGAUUUAUUAUCAUGAACAUUGUUUUCAUGUUUAUUUGUUGUUUUGCUCACAACAUCACCUACUGUACAACAACAACAUUACAUCCAGUUAUUAAAAACUAUUAAACACACUGGAGAAACAAAA